UAAAAUUGCUACAAGUUCCGAUCACAUUGCGAUAAUUAAUCAGUACGAUUGAAGAUUACAUCAAUCUACAAUUAUUAUGUCGCGUUGCGUAAGAUUUAUGCAUACCUCAUGCAUACCUACAUACAUGCGACGCAACACUCUUGAUAGACAUCCUUCAAGACUCAAUGAGUGUAUAUUAUUGAUUCUUGAUCAAUCCUUAAAUUAACCACCGCAAAUAUCUUAAAUAAGAAUAAAAGUCGUAAUGAAUCUCAAGUAUCGCGUGCAUACAUUUGUCAGCGUUCAGUUAUUGGCCAAUAAUUGUUGAAUCUGCUGAAACAAACGUCCAUUAUCAUAACAUACAUAGGCACUUUACCAUAAGUUUCACUUGAAUUUUUAUGCAAACCAUGGCCUUAAUGCACCUUUUCGACCUCCGCCAAAUUACCCGGACACGUAACCAAUAAUUCUACACAUUGGUUGCUUAUUGUCGAGUGUAAGGUGAAAUAUUUGAUUGACCAAUUUUUCCGAACUGUCCUCUGUGAGCGCAGCGGAAGGAUUUACAACCGGUUUCACGCGACAUACGCGUUGACCGGGGACCAAGGGGUACACGUGCGACGACGCAUCUUCGACUUCGGCGAGGCAAGGCUAGCCUACUUUCUCUACAAAGAGAAUUUUUAAACGACGUACGAGGAGGGCUGACUCUUCUCGCGCUCUUCCCCACAUCAUCUCUUUGUACGUCCUCUCUCUCUCUGUCUCUCUCUCUUUCUCUCGGUUCCUCUCUCUUGUCUCCGUACCCUUAGGCGCACUCACUCUCUCCUCUUCCCGGGUCUCCUUUCCACGAUUCACCCGGCAACUUCAGUCGACAACUCCUCCGACUGGUAGUCCUCUCGGAGUCUAUAUAAGCGGAGUCUUCAUACGAGACUGAGCAUUUUUUGUGUUAGUACUGGCGAGUCGUGGUGCUCGCUUGUCAAAGAGGCUACGGCCUGACGAAUGCCAGUAUGGUGCGUGUGACGUGUGAUACGAAGAGCCACCGUUAAAUCGCACACGACAAGCUUCGGUUAGGCGCGACUUCCCUUAAAGUGCGGUGGCGAAAAGCAGAGGAAACGCUUCAAGUGUAAGGAGAUCUACGUAGUGUCGGAUAAUCUGUGUGUAGUGCCGAGAUUGCGGUUUACGUGCGUGUGUCAUGGUUAAAUUCAAGAUGUUGUUUGCGCUGUUCUGCGUCCUGUUAAUUGGACAUCAUGUACAAGCGGUAGUCAACAAGGCGACCUCGCAAGUACCGUUAACCAAGGAAGAAGAGAAACCCAAGGUUAAAGCCGACGAUAGAAUAAGUAAUACUUUCGAUUCUCCAUCUGAUGAGUAUGGGCUACCGCUGGGACCUGGUUUCAAAGGACCUGCGCCGAUAUAUGGGCCUCCGGAAUUAGUCGGUAAUCUUGGACCGACGCCUAUUUAUCCACCACCGCCACCGGAAUUACCGCCUCCUGUUGGAUCGUUGGCCAUCACCUACGGGCCACCGCGAAAUAUCAAGCCUCAAUACGGGCCGCCGAAACAAAGUUUCGGCUUAGCAACGUCUUCUCUCUUUUCUAAGCCUACUUACGGCCCUCCGAAACUUCAUUACGGACUACCGAAGCAACAUUUUAUGCCGCCGUUGGUUUCAUUCCCACCGUUCAGAUCACCGAAACCUCAGUACGGUCCGCCAUUGAAACUGGUCGGUACAUCGAGCCAGCAAUAUAUACCGCCUAAGCCAGGUCACGGACCACCUAUCCCUAUAUCGCUCGAGACUUACGGUCCACCGCCUCCGAAAUUAGCUAUUCAGUUUAAUCCUCUGCCCAAUGACGAGUACGGUCCACCGCCGCCGCCCGUAUCUGUGCCGCAACCGCAAUACGGUCCACCAGCUGGUGAUUUAUACGGACCUCCACCGCCAGCACCUCCACCAGGAGUUCCAGCGCCACCCACACCCCCUGACAUAAAGUACGAUGGAUGGCAGCCCAUUGCCGGAUUGGCCACCGCCCCUAAUCAAAGUGGUCCUCCGACAGAUACAUAUGGUCCUCCUCUCGACGCGAAGCAUAAUUACGUCGAAAGUUCGCCGGGACCGCAAUUGUCUCACGCUUCAUUGAGUGCCUCGAUGGAUGCGAACGUGCCUAGCGAUUCUUACGGCGUGCCGUUACAAAAUCCUGAAGAUCAAAAUUUGAAGACGUCCGUGCGCGAAUCCUCAGCUUCCUCGGAGAGUAAUGGAUUACCGCCGCCGCCGUUGCCGCAGAACGAACCUUUGCACAACAAUCAAGGACCGGGUGCUAUCACUACAACCAGUCAAUCCAAUCACCAACAAUUCGGUCGACAACAAUUAAGCUUGCAGUACGGAGCGCCAAACAUUGAACCCUUGUCUAUCGUAAAGACAGUAGGAUUUGAGCUGUUACCUGCAACUGGCGCUUUGAAUGCGGACGUUCCAUUGUCAGGUGGUACUUCUGACAUCUCAUCGCUCAAUCAAAUCUCGCAUUCGGUUACCAAUACUGCUCCGCUUCAUUCAGGUCUAGAAUUGACACCGAACAAUGGCGCGUCUCAAGUAGAUGCCCUAAAUAAUGUCGGAGAUUCUCAUGAAUUUCAGAAUAUUGGGAACGAUCUAUCCGUGCAACAGCUUCCGCAGCCAGCGCCGUCGAGCAAUUAUGGCCCGCCUUUAACUGCUGAUAUAUCUGGGACAUCUUUACUUUCUCCUCCACCUUUAAAUUCUUAUGGUGCACCACUUCUCUCUUCUUACACGCCUAAUGGACCUUAUUCUGCGGCGCAUGGAGGAUCGUUGUUUUCGUCAUUUGGAAUAUUUGGAAGCUCUUUCCAUAAGCAGAAUCCGCAUUCUCAUCGGUUUCUUGGGCCACCAAGGCCACUCAGGCCACCGUCAAUUCCCGUUGGCUCUUUGAUGCCACCGCGAAAUCGGGAACCGAUUAAAUUCAGGGAACCAAUACCAACGGGACUCUUGUCGAAUAUUAAUCGAUAUUUGCCGCCACCUGCAAAACAGCAGAUACCGAAUCUCCACGUGCCAGUAUCUUUCCGCCAUACAUCAGGAUCGAGCAAUCUAUUUUCAGGCUCAUUUGCGUCGCCUGGUUUAUUUAAUGCACACAACUUCAAUUCUCCAAUUGCCGCGCCUCAUGUUCAAUACGGAACUCCACUAUCGUUCAACGAUUUCAAUACACCAGCACCGCAUUUGACUUAUGGAGCGCCUAAUUUUGGCCCACCGACUUCUUUUAUCUCAACAUCUACCGGAUUUGGCAAUAAUCUGUACAGCGGAAUCCGGAAUACGCUGUCAACGACGUACGGCACACCUGUGGUAAAUGCGCCAUUAUCAAUCGGCGGCAGUUACGACUGUAAUUCCUUGCAGCCACUCUUGCCCGUGAACGGGGCGUUGCAUUCAAGCAGAGGAGUAUCCGCAACCGGAGCGCUACCUUUAAGCAGUAGUUUACCUUCAGGCGGAGAAUUGCAUUCCAGCGGAGAGCUACACUCGAGUGGAGGCUUAUCUUCAGGUGCUGAAGUGCCCUCGAGCGAGGGGCUAUCGUUAGGUAGCGGAUUACCCGCGCAUUUUAGCAGCAAGUUGCAGGGUUUUGAAAAUACAGGAAACACAGCGGACAAUCACAGUCCAGCUUUUACGGGAAAUGAUAUAUCCGAUGUCAACAAUCAAAAUUCCAUUUUUGUAGAUAACGUACUACCGCUUACAAAACCACUCGAUAAUUUUCUGGGAGGACCCCCGGUGAAUACAUUGGAUUUACAACAUAACGAACAACCGAAGAUCAAUUUGAAGGACAGUUACGGUAAUCCCGUAGGACUAACUUACGAUUCAUCCAACGAAGCGAGUAAUACCAGAACUGUUCACACAUCCGUUGCAGGAUCCGAAGUUUCGAACGAGCUCUCCGCGCAGUCUAGUCAGGCUCGCAAUGUUUACCCCGCGGCAUCGUCUUUCGAACACGACUCAGGAAUUUCGGCUGAAGCGCUGACAGCAAGUUUAACUGCACAAGCGUUCAGCCAAGAAAAUAAUAUUGGAUCAAAUGAGGUGGAUGCUAGUCAAUUUCUAAAAACGAGCGAGGGUAGUGAAGCAUUAUCUUUGGCUCAGAGAUUGACCGCUGACAAUGCAGACGGCUUUGAGAUUCAAGGUUCCAAAGGUACUUACAGAUUGCAGAUACAACCAGCGGAUGGAGGGCUAGGCACCGAGAACUCGGAUGGCAGCAUCAGACACGAUCAGGUGUUGUCCAAUGGUCUUCUUCAGGACAUAUUAGCUGCUAUAGAGCAGCCAGAAAAUGGCGUUAUACAACUACAAGGUCUACCGCAAGCUCAGCAAUUGGAUAAAGUUUUCGGUCCUGAUGUGUCGCAAGAAACAAGUGCUACCAAUGGUCAUUUUAUCACUGUAGAUAGUCAAGCGCAAAAUAACGAUUUACAAAAUAGAGUCGAAAAAAUUAGCGAUAGAGACGAAGAUAAAAACUAUUCCAAAAACCAAUCAUCAGUGGCUUUGUUUUUUGAUACUAAAUAUGGCGAUACGAGAAAAGAGAUUAGAUCAACGUUGAAAAACGAGACACAAGCCACGAGCAAAGAUAAGCAGGAGAUCGACAAAACAAAAUCCUCAUAAAUUAAUUCAUAAGUGCCUUUGUAAAAAUAUUUUAUAGUAUUCUUAAUAUAUAGCCUCAAUCGUCCUGAUUCUCUUUGCAGAGAGUUGUCGAUUUCCAUGUCUGACGAGAGAAAAGAUAUUGCUGCUAACGUGAUUACUUUCUUUUCUUGUUGCUGAUUAACAAAAAAUUGUGACAAAAUAUUGGCAUUUUAUAUUAAAUUUGUACGGCUACAUCUGCAACACGAUUUCAAAUGUUUUUUACAUAUUUGAAUAAGAACAUAAAACAUUAUAGCUCUAAAAGUCCUUUGCUUUUUUUUUUUAAUAUAUGAUCACAAACGUGAACGAUCAUCUUUCCAUGUCGUUAAUGUAUUAGGAUUUCUAUGUGUAAAAAUUGAGACAAAUCGUUAUUUUGCAAUUUAAUGAAACUCUCUGGUAACUCGUCAGGUUACUUUAUUUCUAAAAAUUGUUCGAGCGAAAACAUGAUAUUGCGUAAUGAUGAUAGCAGCACGCUGAAAAAAAAACACUUAACAUACUCGAUCAACUGGAAACUGAAAUUAGAAGUCUUGAAAUGCGCGAACAUGAAACGAAAGUUUAUGCAAUCCUUUUUAUUUUAUUUUUAUCCGAGCAAGCGAAAGUGAUAAUUACUUGUUGGCUAGUACCGAUAAUGUUUUAUUAGACGAAUCGCCCGCUUAUUCAAGCAUUUCUCGCCUCUCACCAAAAUUAUAGGAGCGAUUGUAGAAAGAGGCGUUGGUACCAACGGCAUUUUUAUCGCGAGAAGAUUUCACAUCUAGUGUUGACUUUUUUUAUCAGGCGUUUGCUAAGAUCUGCUCGAGGACUUAAAACGCUCUGACUUAUCCAUAUCCUCGCAUCAACGGCUUAUCUUAUUCUCGUCCAUGGAAAUCUCGUUGACUCGAUAGGUGUUUCGAGAAUGAGAGAAUUAUUUAAUAUCGAACGAGAUUUUUUUGUCGGAUUAUUGAUAAUCGGUGUCACCACCUUCGGUCAGAUUCGAAAGAGGUGGCAAAGUCUGGCAUUCGCUGCUCUCGCACAAUGCAUGAAAACGUUAAGCGUGGUACGAGGCGCACUACGCGACAGUUAUUAACACUUAUGUAGGUCAAUAGGUUACGGCACCGCUCUCGCGAAGUCUUCUCACAACUAGCGAUACACGGUGUAGCCGCGUAAAGUCACUUGAUCGGUAGAAAUUGAUCGACGGCCAAGUAUCUUUCGCGGUUUUAGCCUUCACCGAGGUGAAAGUUCAGAACCUCAUUUAACGACCUGGCGGAAUAGCGCCCAGCACGUAUGGGAAUCUCGUCUCGAGUGAAACGCUCGUCUCUGCUCGUUUCUGCGGGCGUGCAAGUUGCGUUACGCUUGGUUUUACAUGCCUUUGUGACGAUAACCGGUGAAUGCGGAUCUAUUACCGUCUAGUCCGCUGUUAGGUGCGUGCGAAGAAAUACACACACAUGUCGUACGCUUACUUAGGGCCGUACACGGCGGAAACGCGGAGCAACCUCAAAACGUCGAUUACUAUCGGGCACGAGAGAACGCGAGCGAUGUACGUACGUUACUUCCUUCCGCCGCUCGCGUAUUAACGACUUUUACGCGACUCAGGAUUCGCAGUUCUGCGCGUAAGUUGAAAAUGAGAGCCUGUCGUGAAAGCGCACCGUUAAAAUCCCGAGUGUGGCAUAAUCUUAAAGUUCUUGCAUUUUUAUGCUCUUUCGCCUGGCAAACGGUUAUGCAUAACUUGGUGUAUUGCAGAUACGUAAAAUAAGUAGAGCGUAUAGUUUUAAGAGACGCUCAUUGUUACAAAGUACGCAGUGACGAUACUGCCAAGCCAUAAAACGCAUCCACUUGCUCCUAACCCAUAUCCACCUCUUUUUUAGAAUUUUAAUUUAUAUACAUUUUUAUUAGGAUUUUAAUUUAUAUUUUAUAUACAUAGAGUUUAUAUCCGAUGAGCAAUCAAUGUGAUCACUCGCCGGAUAUAACAAUUAUUAGCCUGUACUCUUAAUGUAUGCUCCUCAUGUAAAUAUAUCAAUACUUUGUAAAUACAGCUUAAUAUUCAUUUCUGCUCCCUCCUUUAUCCUAUUCUAAUGUAAUAUAGGUGUAAUCAAUUUGACACGCUAUAAACGCUUCGAAACAUUUUAUUGAGCCAUCAAAACAAAGAAUUUUAAUUUCUAAUUGACCAAUCAAAGUAUGAAUGCUUCAUGACCGCACCCUACGUGAGAUAAUUGCAUAGUGAAUGUCAUAAUAAAAACUGUAAUCGCAAUUUUUAUAUAAUAGAUAUUUUUUUUCUCUAUGUCAUUAGUGCGUUAUGUGAUUUACUCUUUAUUCACAGUUAUGCGCUACAUCAAGACCAGCCGUAAAUAUUGGCAUUAACAGCGUCGGUUGUUACACAAACACGUUGUUUUCGAGUCCAUUUGCAGAGAUUGGCGGGCCCCGUAAUGUGGAUUACAAGUUUGCACAUCUGAAAGUGUUUGUCUCGAGAAAGUACUCAGCUAAAUCGGCGGUCGCCUAAAUACCGCGAAUUCUGGCACGGUGGAGAAACAGAAACGUACGAGGGAAUUAGGUAUCCACCACUAAGUAGAAUUACGGUUAUGUAAAUGAAACGAUAUCGCUUCAUCUUUGGUUAGAAAUGGUUAGUAUCCAGUUUCUCGUGCUAAAAUCGUUAUUCGCAGAUUUUCCACGCGAAUCCAGUCGCCGUCAGUAUUCAUCAGUUUCUUUUCUCACUAUCUACGUUGUUUCUUGCGUUUCUUCGCUUCCUUUUUACCCGCUGCUUCGUGUUACUAGACAAUACGAUCAUGAAACUUCCCGUGCAAUCUGAAACUGAAGCUAUGAGAAUAUUCACACGUUUCUCGCUGCAAAGACGAGCUUGCUCGCGUUAAACCAAUGGGUCACAUUAAGUAAACUAAUUGACGAUACGCUAAUGUAACACGAAAUUUUAUUAUUUCGUUG